AGUACUUGAGUAAAUGCACUUCCCACCUCUGCUGCUAAGCUACUUCUUAGCUGUAGAUUGGUUUUGUGUUGACUGUAGUGUUAAUACUUAUUUCAGAGACCCAGCAGGAGAAGGAGCACUGAGAGCAGCAUGGAGGAGAACAAAGAGACCCCCAGAACUCAGGAACGGAGAAGAAGAAAGCAAACCGAACCUCACAUUUGUGACCAGUGUAACAAAUCCUUCUCAAGAUCUAAUACUUUAAAGAUUCAUCAGCGCAUUCACACUGGAGAGAAACCGUACAGCUGUGACCAGUGUGGGAAAACCUUUGCUCAGAAAGCUCACCUUUCAUCUCAUCAACGUAUUCAUACUGGAGAGAAACCGUACAGCUGUGACCAGUGUGGGAAAAUGUUCCAUACUCCAGGUGAAUAUAAGGCUCAUUAUCGUAUUCACACUGGCGAGAAACCGUACAGCUGUGACCAGUGUGGGAAAACCUUUGCUCGGAAAAGUCACCUUUCAUCUCAUCAGCGCAUUCAUACUGGAGAGAAACCAUACAGCUGUGACUUGUGUGGGAAUACGUUUUCUCAACAAUAUAACCUUCAAACCCACCAUCGAAUCCACACUGGAGAUAAACCAUUCAGCUGUGACCAGUGUGACAAGUCAUUCACUACAUCAAGUCAUUUUAAGAGCCAUCAUCGUAUUCACACAGGAGAGAAACCAUACCGAUGUGAAGAGUGUGGGAAAACGUUUACUUUAUCAGGUAAUCUCACAAUCCAUCAUCGUAUUCACACAGGAGAGAAACCAUACUGGUGUGAAGAGUGUGGGAAAACGUUUACUUUAUCAGGUAAUCUCACACUCCAUCAUCGUGUUCACACAGGAGUGAAACCAUUCAGCUGUGACCAGUGUGACAAGUCAUUCACUACAUCAAGUCAUUUUAAGAGCCAUCAGCGUAUUCACACAGGAGAGAAACCAUACCGGUGUGAAGAGUGUGGGAAAACGUUUACUCAAUCAGGUAAUCUCACAAUCCAUCAUCGUAUUCACAGAGGAGAUAAACCAUACUAGUGUGAAGAGUGUGGAAAAACUUUCACUACAUCAAAUGAACUCACAAUCCAUCAUCGUGUUCACACAGGAGAGAAACCAUACUGGUGUGAACAAUGUGGGAAAACCUUUACUCAGAAUAGUUCCCUUAGAUCCCACCAGCGCACUCGACAUUGAUCCUUUUUUGAGUCAAGCUAGCAUUCCCCCUGUUUUUUCCAAAUGUAAAGCUGACCAACAGUGACUUAACGUUCUAAUAAACAUGUUUUUUAUGGACUACAUUCAGACCUCCCAAAACCCUGCUGUCCUCACACACUUAGCUCUAUAUGUGGGUGCUCUGGUUAAUAAAAACGUUUUUUUGGUUUAGAUAACGCAGCCUUUGGACAUUUUUCUGUGUGACGUUCACUGAAUUGUUUUUAUUCCACGUUUUGGUUAAUUUGAAAGGUUUGAGUUGCUUUUUGGUAUUUUUUUUGGAUUUACAAAUUAUAUUCAAAACACUAAGACACGUUAGGUAUGAGAAGUGACAAGAUACAUUUGUGACAUUCUUGUUUUGUUGGAACAAACCUUGUUCUAGUGAAACUCUGAUAUAAUAUUAUCUCAUGUUCAUUAUUUGACUUCAUUGUGACGGCCGUUAGUUUUCUGUGAAGAGUGUGGGAACACAUUCAUUAGAUCAGAUAAACUCAAAACACAUCAUGCUAUUCACACGGGAAAGAACCCAUACUGGUGUGCAGAGUGUUGGAAAACCUUUUCUAGAGGAAGUAAUCCACGAGUGCUCACAUUGCAGCUCUGAGAGCCAAGCUAGCAGUUUCCUCCUCCUGAUGUCCUGAGAGCUGUAAUGUUAUAUUUUAAGAGUCUUUCUAAAUAGAAAUCUGACCAACAGUUAUUACUUUUCUAACCAGCAUUCACACUAUGCCAACACAAGGCCACAGAGAUGCUGCUUCUCCUGAUUUAAUUCAUGUUUGUAAUAGUUACUGAUCUAUAAAGAAAUGUUCUACUAAGCUGUGUUUCAACCAUGGUUUUCUUAUAGCCUUGUUAUGCUUCAGUUCAAUGUUAUUGUUUUUCCUUUUUUUACAUAUUCAAUGUCCCGGGUUAAACAGAGCCUCGUUAAGCUGCAUUGAAGGGAUUUUGUUUUACUGUUAAUUAAUCUGCUGAGUAGUUUCUCUAAUAAUAUAUUAAAGACCCAGUCACCACCAUUGGAGGAAGAAGGACCCCAGAUCAUAAUGGAUUCUCUUAAAGUUGGAAGCCAUCAGGACAAUCCAUGUUA